UAUGUAACCUUAUGUGUAACCUAAUAAAUGUAAAAAUAAAUUCAAUCAAAACAAAAACAAACACACACCCUGGAUUUGGGGAUUUGGCUUCGGCCUCGCUUAUAACCGGUUCGGAUAAUAACCGGACAUGGAAUGAGCGGAGCCACGGCUUAUGAUGGCGCCUUGGUUGAUGUAUUUACGGUACCAACGCCUCCAGGGAAGGAAACUUCAAACAAUCUCGCCUUUUCCUCUCCUGACCAGAACCCUGAGCUUUUUCUUCAACUUGGCUUAUCAGUGCCGUAUGAGAAUCCCUACCAUUGUUUUUGUGGGCCUUCUUGCAUUUGAUGUGCGCCUCCAGCUCCAGAUCAAUGUAGUCCAGAUUUAACAUUUUGAAUAUGUAGUAUCUACAAAUUGCUCUCCUCCACUAACAUACAUGUAAGAAAAGUCUCUGCUGUAUCAGAACUUGGUAUAUUAUUCCACCAUGACAAGAAGUGUAAAAGAUCUGCGAGAACUUAUUUGUGUAUCAAGACUCUCAAUAAGAGAUGAUGACGAUGACGACUAUGACCUAUCCAGACCUCUUAGUUCUUUGAGCAUCUAUGGGGAAAGGUCUGCAGGGCUUGUCAACGGGAAUGGAGAUUACCUCCAGAGAGCAGAUGUACAGAGAGCUCAAGGAGCCAAUGAAAGUGUGUUUGCUGUCCCGCGACCUCCAUCUAGCUCCAAAGGAGGCUCACGAUUGAAAUCGGGGAAGAGACCUCAGUCGGCACACAGCAAAUCACUCUCCGAACAUUCUAGUUUCAACUUCCGCAAGGGUUCUGCGCCAUUACCACCAGUCGGAGGAAGUUCUAGGCCAGGGUCCAACAGCAGCUCAGGUAGUGAUAGGCCAGGAAGCGGGGAAAGUGCCAGGAGUAACUUUGAUCAUGUUCUGCAGUACUUGACUGAGGCUUCCAUCACAGAAUGGCUAGAAAGAACCACUCAGAUGCUGAACGAACUAACAGAUUGGUGUAAUAAUCUGGAUCACUUUGUGGAUUUUGCACAGUUUUGGUUGACGGAAUUCCCAGAAAACCAGCGCCUGGAGAUUUACAAACUUGAAAUCAGCAUUGUAGCUGAUGAGCUUAUUGCUGCCUUUGGUGAUGCAUAUGUCCAAGGAAAAGUCCACCCUUCAGAUGUCAGUGGUAUCAUUUCAGCCAUCCUCCAGGAGUACCCAAACAAAUUAUGCAGUGCACAGGGAGGUCAUGUUUUCCUUGAUAUCUUGGACACCAUCACAUCUCAAAAGACUCAGAUUUACAGAAGGCUCUUGACGGACACAAGAAUAUCAACAAGGAACAGCACUUAUGCUCAGAGUCUACUGGCUCUCAGGGCAUUUUCUCUUCUGAGCAUAUGGAGCAGUGUUGUUCAUUUCUACAGGAGAGUAACCGAUCAGGCUACUGGAGCUGAAGGUGGUGAAAAGCCACUUGAGAAGAAGUCCACAGGUCACGGAGAGCCUGUCGCCCAGCAGAGGCUGUUCAAAUCUGUGCAGAAGGGGUACGUGAGUGUCAUCUAUUAUUACUUGAGGAAUGGAAGAGUGAAGCUGGAUGUGAGGGAUGAUCAUGGAAGGACACUCACCUUUGCUGCUGUUCUGGCCAAUCAGAGCAGUGUCUUGCAUUAUCUUAUCACAAAGCACAAAGUUGCGCUUCCUGUCAAUGAAGCUGGUGAAUCAGGCAAUACCCCUUUACACACGGCAGCAAACUGGAACUAUGUGGACUGUAUCCAAGUCCUACUCACCAAGGGAAAUGCUGACGUCAACAUAACCAAUCAAGAAUGUGACAAUGCUACCCCACUUCAUGUUGCUGUUAUGCAAGGUCACGUGGAAGCAACCAAGAUGUUGGUGUCUGCUGGUGCGAACGUGACAGCCAACAUGAAUGGCAUCACUCCUCUACAGCUGGCCACAGAUAUGGGUCAUGGAGAGAUCAGAAAACUACUCUUGACAAAAUCAAGGCUUGGUGAUUACCAUGAUGAAGCUAUGGAUGUUGCUGAUGGGGAUUAUGAUGCCUAGAUCCGUCUUCAUGGGGAAGUCCACCAUGGUGUACAGGGCAUCCCAUAAAAAAGGGAAACCUGUCUUUUAUAUAGAUAUCACAUCUUUGAAUAUAACAUUACUCCUCUACACCUAGCUACGGAUAUGGGGCAUGGAAAGAUUGGGAAACUGCUCUUGACGAAAUCAGGGCUUCAUGACUUCCAUGAUGAAGCGAUGGAUUUCGCUGAUGGAGUGGAGUAUUAUUAGAUCCGCAUAUAAAAAGUAGAAGAUUUUUAUAUGCCUUUAUACAAUCAGAUAAAGAUUGUUGUAAAUCACAAAUAUUUAAAGGACAAAUCCACCCCAACAAAAAUUUGAUUUGAUUAAAAAGAGAAAAAUCCAACAAGAAUUUCACUGAAAAUUUCAUCAGAAUAUUAUGUAAAAUUAGAAAGUUAUGACAUUUUCAAGUGUUGCUAUAUUUCCCAAAACAGUUAUAUACACAUCCUGGUUGGUAUGCAAAUGAGGUGACUGAUGACAUCACCCACUCUUUAUUUCUUUUGUAUUUUAUUACAUGAAAUAUGAAAUAUUCUAAUUUACUCCUCAUUGUCAUGUGAAACAAAGUUUAUUCCCCCUGAACAUGUGGAAUUACCAUUGUUUAACAUUUUAUGGUUCAGUCAAGUUGGUCCUUAUUGUCAAAUCAGUAAAAAAUUGAAAUAUUGUAUAAUUUAAACAAUAAAAAACAAAAGAAAUGGUGAGUGAGGAACAUCAUUGACUCUCUCAUGUCCUAACAUUUUUAUUUUUCAUCCGAUUUUGAUGAAAUUUUUAGUGUUAUGCUUGUUUGAUUUUUUUUCUAUUGAUUCUAUCAAAAUUUGCCUGGGAUGGAUUUGACCUUUAAAUGGUCACAUAUGAGCACUUUAUGCUAACCUGCUAUAAAACUGGUAAAGGUAUGCCUAAAAAACAUUGAGCAUGUGCUCUAAUAUCAUAGAUCAUAUAUUUGAUGCAUUUUAAUGUAAAAUGGUAUUGAACACUUAACAAUAAAGAGUAAUAAAACAGAUCCUGAUGUAAAAUGAAGACAAAUGAGCUCUGAUUCAUGUCAAACCACAGAGCAGACAUGAAAUUAUAAGGUAUAUUCAACGACAUAAACAGUGUUACUAAUCAGGGGUGGCGUUGCGGCAAUGACUGUAAUUUAGUUUGAGAUUUUAGGGGUUUUCCCCCCUUUUUGAACAUCAUCAAAUCAAUUCAUUGCAGGCUCUGUACCUAUCACUGGUGGUGUAAUUUAAGUCUUUCAUUAUUAAAGUGUGUUACUCUUGCAUAAAAUCCACAAUCUGGUAUUGCACUGUUAAACAAUUCAGUCUUCGCAGUUGUGUUUUAACUGUAAACUUCAGUUUAUGUCAGGGUUCCCAGUCCAUCAGGGAAAAUUAUUCUACCUUUUUCCAGUCAGGGAAAAAUCAGAGAAUUUGAUUUUUUUUAAUACCUCAUAUAAGGGGAAAUUGCCUCAAAUCAGGGAGAAAUCAGGGAAUACUGAUUGGCCCAAAAGUCGAAAGCACAGUAGUCAGUCAGACUCUUAUAUUUUGUUGCAUAUCAAAACAACAUCCAUUGAAUGACUGGUUAUGGUGGUUUUUUAGUGUUUACUAAUUAGUUUUGCAUUAUUGUUUUUAUACUGAAAAUACAUGUAAUUCACUGCAACAUCGUGGAAAACAUGCAAAACUGGAAAUGGGUUUAAAUAAUUAUCAGGGAAUUUUUAAACUUCAUCUGGGAAAAAAUCAGGGAAGUUUGUUUUUCUUGAAAAGCUGGGAACCCUGAUAUCUUUACAUUUAAAGUGCACAGGGUCAGGGUAAAUACCAACGAACGUGUUGCUGCCCUCUACGUUCGUUGGUACAUACUUUAAUAUUCUGUUCGGAUUAAUAAUAAUUGAUACAAUAAAAAAAAUCAUGUCUAAAGUUGUUUUUCUGGUCAUUGACUGUUAGUUUUAAAUUGAAUCUUGUACCGAUGUACAUUUUUUAAAAACAUUUCAUCAUUUGUGUGAUUUUUGUUUUUUCUUCAGAUUCCUUGGUCCUUUGGAAAUUCUUGUGUUCAGCAAAAAUGCUUACCACUCAUCUUAUACUAAGUCCUGUACAUUUUUUUUUUCGCUUCAAAUUUAGAACUACCUGGCCCUCUCUCUUUGCAGAAAGUUUUGUAGGGUGAUGGGAAAGACAAUGAAUUGGGAUAUAACAAAUUUAAAGCUUAUAUCCUAAAACUCUUGCAAACAUUAUAUCUUUAUAAUGAUUAGACUGACAAACUUUGAAAAUAUUAUGUUGGGAUCAUGAUUUUUAGCCCCUUUGAAGAGUUGAUUUGCUGAGUAUAAUCCGUAAGAUAUUUGACACAGUGCGAUUACAAUGGGCUGCACAUACAAACGUUUUGACCGCUUGAGAAUGCAUCACACUGAUUAACUGUUCAAUCAUUUAUAAUUUUGUGAAAUUUACUGUUGGUAGCAUAGGGCCAUUUAACAUGAAAUGUACAAACAAGUUAAUGAAGUUGUUUAUUAUAAUGGUAAGUUUGACUGCAAACCAAAUUGUGUAAGGAUUGCAAGGUCUUUGUUGUAUAAAGACUAAAAAAAAUUAUGGUAACUACCAUUGAAUCCUAGAGUUUGAGUGGGUGUGGAGACCUGUUACUGUGGCAGCUACUAUAGUGGCACAGUUACCAUAGUUAAGUCUUUAUCAAACGGGCCCAAGGUGCAGAAAUACCAUCUUUUUCUUUUGUACAUCUUAUAUUUUAUGUUUGUAGGUUUCAAAAUGAAAGAUGUUAAUGAAGCAUGUGAAUAUAGUGAACACAGGUCCAAUUGUACCAAUAACUCAAAAGCAAGUUUAUUUCUACAAUAUUGAAUUUCCAUUUAGUUUGUUGCAGACUACAGAGCAAGGAGGACAUUUCCAAAAUGGUAUGUAAAAAAUUCUUGUAAAGUAUAAAGGCUUAACAUAAAAUGAGGUACACUGUCAUCUUGAAGGAAAAUUUUAUCUUAUUUUUAAUCCGAAUCUAUAUUUAGAAUGAUGUACAGUUGAACAAGAUAUGUCUAUUUUUGAAAUACUUUCUUCCUGCCACAAAUUUGACAUUGUUAUCAAAGAUUAAUCCUUAGAAUAGAUUGUUUAUGUUGCCUUGUAAUUGUCAUUUAUAUAUGGAGUUUUGAUGUUUCACUACGGAAAUUAUGUUGACAAAGGUUGGUAUUUAUUUUACAAAUAUCUUUGAAAGAACAAUACUCUGACACAAACUAUAAUUGUUUUUUUUUAUUUCAAAUGCAUAAGAUAAUAAUUCAUAAGUUUUCAUGUAUGGAACAAACAGCCUAAAAUCAAUGUAUUAGCCUGUACUUUGGCAAUACCGUGUGAGUACAAAAAAAAUGGACACGUCACAACCCCCAAUUUAAGGAAAAAUUAUGUCAUGAACACAUAAUUGUUAUAAAUGGCCUGAAAGAGUAUGUUCUCCCAAAUAAUUUGAUACCAUAUUUAUGUGUUAAUGUGUUAAUGGUUGGAUGAUCAGGAGGUAUUCUUUGCAGCGAUGUAAAUAUUGAUUUGCUCCAAAGUGAGGCACGACUGCAAUGAAUGAAUCCAGAUGUCAAUGAUUUUACAAUUGUUUAAUAAACACUUUAUAGUUUCAAUUCUCAACUUAAUUUCAUUGAAAAGGAAUUUGUAAAUAUGUUUACUAUUUCUCAUGUAGGAUUAUGACAUCAUUGGCAUCACGAUUCAUUCAUUGCAUACAUGCCUUACUUUUGCGCAAGUCAAAAUUGAUAUCACUGUAAAGAAUACCUACUGAUUAUCCAAGCGUUAACCCCGAGGGGGGGGGGGGGCACUCGACCAAAAAAGUAGUAGGUAUGUGCCGCGGGCGAGACAAAAAAUGGGGGCCUUGGAGCGGGCUUAUUGUAAAAAGGAGGGUCUUCGGAACUACACAUUUUUGUGAAAACGGGGGUCCUUGGAACAGGUCGCCUGCGUGUGAGUGCGUAUUCAUCCCUAUGGAACGGGCAUACGUGCAUGCAGCUAGCCCAGCAGCACGGGCGCCGGGUGCGCUAGCGCAGAGGCGAUGGUCGGACAACGCUCUGCGGCCGCUUUUCACCAAAUUUGCGGCUCAUUGUAGCAGAUCAAUACGGCCGGAACGGCGUAACGGAAAAUAUGCGAAGCUUUGGAGCGGACUUCUUGCUUCUUUUUUCUCGAUAAGAAGAAAAUGCUAUGCUUUGGAGCGGCUUUCUUUGUUCUUUUUCUUAAUAAGACAAAAAUGCUAUGCCUUGGAACGGAAAUUUGAGUGUAAAAAUGGGGGUCCCCUCCGCGGCACAUACCCUCUAUGCAUUAUAUACUGAGUGCCCCCCCCUGGGCGUUAACACAUACACUACCGCAUAAAAAUGGUAUCAAUUUAAUUGGGAGAAGAUACUCUUUCCAGCCAUACAUAAUAAUAAUGCGUUUAUAACAUGUUUUUUCCCUAAAAUGGGGAUUUAUGAGGUGUCAUUUUCUAGGACUCGCACAGUAUAAGAAUACAUGAAGGUUACAAAAUUCCAUCCAGUGCUUUCUUUCAAAAGAAAGAAAACGGAGUGCAGUCAAUCCAGGUCUCAUUUAUAUAGAAUUUAUCCCCAACACCAUUUUUCUUUUUCUGUGUACCUGCACAUAUCUAUUUACCUAUUUAUGUAAUUCAAUGCUACAUGUAUGUCUUCUGGUGAAAAGAAAGGAGAGAGAGAGAGUGGACAAGAGAGAAUGAGAGAGACAGACGUAUAUAGCAAUACACCAAUAGAGUUAGCUAGAUAGACAGGAACAGAGAAGGAGAUACACCUCUAGAUAAACAAAGUGUUUUGUUACAUGUAUUUCUCUUCACAUUAAAAGGAAUCAUUUUA